AUGUGUUUCCUAAAACACAUAUUGGGAUUAAAGAGCGUCGCUUUAAUGUUCAAUGGGGCUGAUGCUUUUGUUAAUGAAGGCUUUAAGUCUUGGAAUAAAUUAUCUACCAUUAGAGAUCAUGUUGUUGAAAAAGAUAUUAUACAUGCUUGUGCAAAAGAAACGACUAAGUCAAUACUUGAAGAGCUUAAUGAUGGAUUUUUUGCAAUUCUUGUCGAUGAAUCUGCUGAUACUUCUGAUAAGGAACAAAUGGCUCUUUGUUUGCGAUAUGUCAAUCAAAAAGGAGAAGUGUGUGAACAAUUUAUUGGUGUUGUGCACGCUCCCAAUACUACUUCAUUAACUCUUUUGGUAGCUAUUGAGUCAUUACUCAUGGAAUAUUCAUUGACUUUCUCUAAAGUUCGGGGUCAAGGUUAUUAUGGGGCGAGUAAUAUGCAAGGUGCAAUCAAUGGGCUCAAAACUUUAGUGCAGAAUGAAUGCCCCCAAGCAUACUUUGUUCACUGCUUUGCACAUCAACUUCAGUUGACACAAGUUGCAAUUGCUAAGAAAAACUCUGAUUGUGGUUGGCUCUUUAUUGAUUUACUUGCACCUCUCUUGAAUUUUGUGGGAGGUUCAUCAAAAAUAAAAGAAUUUCUUCGAGAAAAACAAGUUGUCCGAGUGGUUGAAGCAUUAUCUUUGGGUGAAAUUGAGACGGGAAGUGGUUUAAAUCAAGAACGUGGUUUCAGGAGACCAUGUGAUACUCGUUGGGGCUCUCACUUUAAAACAAUAUUAAAUGUUCUUAAUUUAUAUCCCACGAUCCUUGAGUCUCUUGAUGCUAUUGUAGAAGUUUCUGAUACAAUUGACUCAAAUAAAGCUCAAUUCAUCAUCCAUCUGUUGAUGUCUUUUGACUUUGUGUUUGUGGCUCACUUAAUCGUUUCUAUAUUUGGGAUAACAAAUGAUCUAAUUGUGGCAUUGCAAAAACAUGAUCAAGAUAUUGUAAAUGCCAUGUCUAUGGUUAACAUAACCAAGACAAAUUUACAGAAGAUGCGAGAUAAAGGAUGGGAUUCUCAUAUGGACAAGGUAACUUCCUUUAUGAUUAAGUAUGGUGUUGAGCUUCCAAAUAUGGAGGGAAAUUAUAUUGUUCCAGGGAGAAGGUUGUACGAGGCAAAGGCUCUCAGAUUUGCUGCUUUUGACAAAAGUAAAUUACUUCGACCUGCUACAUUCUACCCAAAGGAGUUUUCAAGUAGUGAAUUGUUAUUCUUUGACCAUUCUCUAGAGAAUUUUAUUGUUUCCAUUAGAGAAGAUGAGAGAUUUUGGAAUUUAGAAAGUCUUGGCGAGCUUUUGGUGAAACUUGUUGAAACGGGAAAUCAUACAACUCAUGAAAGUGUCUACUUGAAACUGAAAUUGGUCUUGAUUCUCCCUGUUGCAACGACAAGUGUUGAAAGAGUUUUUUCAGGAAUGACGCAAGUGAAAGCUAAACUACAAAAUUGCAUGGGAGAUCAAAUGUUGAAUGAUUGUUUGAUUACAUAUCAAGAAAGGGAUUUAGUUUUGAAUGUUAGAUGA